UCAUAAGGAUAAUAGCAAAAUUGUCUUCAUUUUAUAUCUAAGUUGGCAGUAAGUCAUGUUAAUUAGGCUACAGCCCGUUUUCCAAAUAUAAACAAAGAUAUUACAAAUAGGCCUACCAAACAUCAGUUUUCUGGCAGACGAUCACUUUUCAGUCUUCUCCAUGCGUCCAUAUGUGACGAGUAGGGAGUGAGAACUGGUUGGUUUAGAAAAAUGAUACUCGACAAUACCACUAGAUGGCACUAUCAAGUCCAAGAGCACCAUAACUUUCAGGAUUACUCAUGCUGCACAGCACUUGUGGCUUUUCAGGGACAUAUCAAGGAUUGUAGAUUUUCUUUUCAUGUAAUUAAGAUUUACCUUCUGAAAGAAGACAGACAGUAUCAGGUGUCAUUGCUGAACACCUAAUACUGUCUAUUGAUAGUUAUUGAUGUAUGUCAUAACACAUUUACAAGCUAAUGUGCAGGUGUCAUAACCAUCCACCCUUGAACUGCCCUAUCUCUUUGACGUCACUUUGAGCUUCCUCAAAGCAGCAUGUAGCAUUUGGGCUUGUGAAUGACACCUUAUCAUCACAAGCACUGGCAGGGAAUGUGGAGCAAUAUAAUCACAGUCUCUGAUUCAACAAAUUGGCUAAUAUUAUAUAAUACUGAAUAAAACUAAGUGUCUUGGGAUUUUACUGUUGAAUGCAUUUUGAGAUGGAUGCAUUAUAUUUUACUCAAGAAUGAAUAGCUGAUGUUUAACUUGCUUUGUACUUUCUACUUCACAAUAUAUCAGGUGGAAAUAUUGUACUUUUUACUCCAUUACGUUUAUAUUUAAUCUACAGUUACGAGUUACUUUGUGGGUUAACAUUUAAAACAUAAACAUAUGAUCAGCUUAUAAAAUACAAUACCCCUUGAGCAAAUAUGCGAUUUUGGGCUAUAUGAACAAAAUUUACUUGACUUGGCCUGCAACCCCUCAUUAUAGAAAUAUGCAGUUGGGGCCCUUUGUUUGAUGUGUCAGUUGUCUAUCAGAUGUUAGCAGUUACAAUAAAGAACGAUUUCCCCUCUAAAAAGCUUUGAUAGUUUCAUUUAAAUAGCUGUCCAAGGAUCAAUGAGGUUAAAUCCAUUCCAUUAUUUUACACACACAAAAACUGACAACACAUUAGUGCAGCUGAACUUUAUUAUUAUUUCCCCCAUUAAUAAUCGCACAAUGCCUCAGAUUUAUAAGAUAUUACUUUUACUGGCAAUGGAGUAUUUUCACAUUGUUGUGAUGUUACUUUACUUUUACUUAAGUAAAGGACCUGUGCACGUCUUCCACCACUGCAUGAAUUCCAAUGCUACAAUACAUAAUACUAAUGAUGCAGGAAUCACUCUUCGGUUAACUCUUAUCUUAUCAGCUGAGCUGCAGGAUGGCUCAAUGAUACUGGAGUCAUUUCACUACAGUAACAGGUGGAUAUCUGACUGUCUAACAUGGAGGGGCUGGCUGGCUGGCUGGCUUGCUGACUGACAAACUGACUGACUGACUGGAUAGGAGUGCCAGCCAGUUGAGGUCAGGAGAGGUUUUAUGACUCUCACUACAGAUCGAAGUCCACCCGUGGGACUCAAACAACCAUCAGUCCACCAGGGCUGUUGGGCCUGCCUGCCAGCCUUUCUGUGACUCUCCUGCGCUGUCUGUCUGGUCUCCUGAUCUCUGCAACAAUGAAGAUCAGGGUGGACUGAUUAAGAAGUUCCAUCCAAUCAGCCAGAAUGGAUCUACCUGGUUAUCGCCCACAGCAGCCCCAGCCCCUUGUCCACCAACCUGACACUUGCUCAGAGGGUCUGUUAACUUUGGAAGGCUCAUCAACAUCUCAGGAGUUAAAGACGGAGGCAGACAGCAGAGCAGAGUCAGAGGAGAGCUGUCCCAUCUGUGGAGACAAAGUGUCAGGAUACCACUAUGGACUGCUCACUUGUGAAAGCUGCAAGGGCUUCUUUAAACGCUCAGUGCAGAAUAACAAGCAUUACACCUGUGCAGAACAACAAAGCUGCCCCAUGAACCUUUCGCAAAGGAAACGGUGCCCUUUCUGUCGCUUCCAAAAGUGUUUGGCAGUAGGCAUGAAGAGAGAAGCGGUAAGAGCAGAUCGUAUGAGAGGUGGCAGGAAUAAAUUUGGACCUCUGUACCGGCGGGACAGGCAGAUGAAACAGCAAAAGGUUUAUCAUCAGGCAAACGCUGCUCCCUACAGGAUUAAAAUGGAAACUACCCAAACACACAGGCCUACAGCUCCAAAUGACCUUCACCUAGUGAGCAGUCACACAAGCACUACAUUGUCCUCUGAUGCUUUCCAUCAGUCUCACAUGUAUCCCUCUGGCAUGGGGCAGUCGAGUCCGCCCAUGCCUCUGGACUACAAUCUGAACACAGACACGGUGCUCACACCUCCAUCCCUGCCCUACCCUGGACUUUACCACUGCACCUUCCCUGGAUAUUUCCAGGAGAAAGGGGAAGUGCCUUUUAGCUACAGCUUGGCUCCUCCAAACUAUCCAAUGCACCCAACUCUGAACAAUUCAUUCACUCCAAGAAGCACACCAGCAUCAUCCCCCUGCUCAACACCAAGCUCAGCCACCCCUUUUGCCCAGGCUCCCACACAAACCCCAGACACUCUCACACACAGCUUCCUAAGUCAGCUCCUGGAGGCGGAGCAGGAUGAGAGCCAGCUAUGUGCCAAGGUCCUCGCCAUUCUACAGAGAGAGCAGGCCAGCCGAGGCAAACAUGACUGCCUAAAUACAUUCAGCAUAAUGUGCAAAGUGGCUGACCAGACUCUGUUCGGGCUUGUGGAGUGGGCCAGGAACAGUGCACUCUUCAAGGAGCUCAAGGUGGAGGACCAGAUGGUGCUGCUGCAAAGCUGUUGGAGUGAGCUGCUGGUCUUGGAUCACCUCUGCAGACAGGUGACCUAUGGCAAAGAGGGCUGCAUAUAUCUGGUCACAGGACAACAGAUUAAGGUGUUGACCAUCAUCUCACAGGCAGGAGUGACAUUGAGUGGCCUGGUAUUGAGGACCCAGGACCUGGUGUCAAAACUGAAGGCACUCCAGUUAGACAGACAUGAGUUCGUCUGUCUCAAGUACUUGGUGCUAUUCAACCCCGAUGUGAAGUCAGUGCAGAGCCGCAGGCAGGUGGAGCAGAUACAAGAGAGGGUGAACAGGGCCCUGAUGGAGCACACCCAACACAGUCAUCCAGGACACUCAGACAAGUUUGGCCAGCUGCUGCUUCGGUUGCCUGAAGUACGUAGCAUUAGCUUGCAGGUUGAGGAGUAUUUGUACCAGCGCCAUCUUCUGGGGGAUUUGCCCUGCAACUCUCUACUCACUGAGAUGCUGCACACCAAGCACAGCUGAGAAGAUGCUGUUGUAUCUAGUCCUACAUGAGUGGCAUAGCCCGAGUUUGCUACUGUGGAUUUUUGCACCUUCUUUUUUGCCUUUCAGACCCCACUGUGUUUGUUUUUUAAAAUUUUGAUGGUUGUUGCAAAUACUCAACAGGCAUGCUUUAACAACACUUACAGCCUCAAUCACUAAAGUGAGUGGAAAAACACAAGCAAAGAAGGGAAAUAUUUACUAAACUUGUUGCCCAUUAUUAACAGUAUUACUACAGCCCAGUAAAUGUUUUUUUGGUCUGUAUUGUAGGGCAGAUUUGAGAUCCAAGCACUACCAUGAUGUGUUAAUAAGCAGGAAGAGCUUAACUGUGUAAAGAAAAAAGAAAAAUGCAUCAUUGAAUAAAGAAAUUUGGUUUUUGGAAA